AUGCUUAUUCGUAGCCAUUUUACUCAUGAUGAUAAUGCGAUGGUUAAUAUGGUCAAUUCUCUUCCUCCCGAAGCAUAUUUUUUGGAAUGCGAUGGAAGUGUACAUGAGGAACUUGGAACAAUUCAAAAAGGGAAACUGAUACAAUUGCAUUUUCGACUGUGCGGCGGGAAAGGAGGUUUUGGUUCAUUACUCCGAAGUUUUCGCAUCCACAAAUCAAACAAUCAGUUAAUGUGUCGAAAUUUGGCUGGUCGUCGUCUUGCUGAUGUUAGAGAAGAAGAACGUCUCAAAAAAUAUAUUGAAAAGAAGGAGCAACGUGAAAAAGAGAAGAAAAAGAAAGAGGAAGAAAAAAUAGACAAAUUAAAAAAUGGAGCAAAAACAAAACAUGAAUUUACUGAUCAGGAAUAUUUGAGAAAAAGGGACACAGUUCUUGAUGUGGUUGAGGAUGCAGUUGAGGCAGGUGUUUUGGCACUUCAAGAAAAACAAAAGGCUGCUGCUGAAGUUGAAAACAAUGACGUUACUACACAAGAAGAAUUAACUGGGCCUUCAACAUCUUCAAAUAUACAAAAAGCAUCUACAUCCUCAAAUGUUAAUGAUGAACAAAAUUCUGAUUCCGAUGAAAGUUUGGAUGAUUUGAUGAGUUGUGGUCCAUUAAAAAAGAAGAUUCCUCUGGCCUUGCGUGCACUUCAAGAAUAUGAUGGGCAUAAACAGGAGAAGAAAUUGCCUCUGUUCCCCGAUACGAAAAAGAUGGUUUAUUUGACUGUUAAAUAUAAGCGGCCGUUCUUCAAAAAGAGUGGGAAUCAAUGCGUUUUUGUUACGCAGCCUUAUCCAGACAGAAAUCCUUCAAAUUCUUCUGUUUGUCUAAUUCUACCAGAUCUUGAUCGUUCCAAAAAGGCACAAACAGAUCCUGAUGUUGAUAAACAAGCGAGAGAAUGGGAGGAACGUUUACGUGAAAAUUAUGGACUUAUUUCUGGAGUUAAUUAUACAAAGAUUUUGACUUUUAUACAAUUAACUCGUGAAUAUACUGAAGUCACGGAUCGUGUUAAACUUGCAAAUCUUUAUGAUAUGUUUUUUGUGGAUUAUAAAUUGGCUAAAAAAGUGGAUUAUUUUAUGGGAAAAUUGUUUAAAAGACCUGCACGUCGUCCAAUUCUAAUCAAAUCUGAACAAAAUUUUUCUAAAAGAAUUGAAGAAGCUUAUAAUCAAACUUUAAUAUUUUUUAUGCCAAUGAAUGAUGCAAUUACUAUUCGUGUUGGCAAUUUAAAUCAAAAAAUUAAACAUCUCAAAUCAAAUGUUUCAGCUAUUAUUUCUUCACUUUUACAAGACUUUCCUGGUGGUCUAAUAAAUAUAAGAUCGGUUUAUUUAGCGGCUGUGAAUGUUUCUUUGCCUGUUUAUGUUGAUUUUGGUUCUUCUAACGAAAUAAACUUUGAAUUGCCUCCAGAGCCCGAACUUGUUGAAAUUGUUGGAGAAUGUUCUACACUUCCAGAAGGAUUAGAAGUUAAAGUAAGGGCUGAUGGAUUGGUUACAACAGUGGAAAAGAAGAGUGGUGAAGAAGUUUUGUAUCCAACAGAACAGGAUGAAUGGGAAAAGGAAGAUGAUAUGAAGCCGUUAAAUGCUGAAUUGAUUCAGAAAAUAUUGAGAAAAGGAAAGGUUCAAACAAAAAUGGAAAAAAUAAAGGAAGAAUUGAGAAAGAUGGUAAAAGGGGAAGUAAAGGAAGAGGAGGAAGAAAAAAGAGUAGAAGAAGUGAAGGGGGUGGUUGAAGAAGAAAAUGAGGUGGUUGAAGAAGGAGCCCCAAACAUGUUACCAAACAAAAAGAAGAAUAAAAAAAGGAAAGUAAAGAAUGAAGAAGAGGAAGAAAAAAUAGAAGAAGAGAAGGAGGAGGGUGAAGAAGUGGAAGAAGAACCCAAAAAAGAAGAAGUUGUUCCAAACAAGGCUCCAAAAAAAUUAAAGAAUAAAAAAAGAAAAUUAAAGGAAGAGGAAGAAGAGGUGGAGGAGGAAGAAAAAAGAGAAGAUGAAGAGGAAAAUGAGGAGAGUGAAGAGGAAACCGAAGAAGAAGUUGUUCUGAACAAGUCACCGACCAAAAAUAAGAAUAAGAAAAGAAAUGGAGCAAUUAAAAGAAAAAUUGAAAAUUCAAGUAUUGAGAUGAUUAAAGGAAGGAAAACUAAAAAAGCCAAAAAAAAUUUUGAAGGAUUUUUAUAA